AUGUCUUUCACCUCCUUGGUUAGUUCAGUUCAGUUGCUCAGUUGUUUACGAUUCUUUGUGACACUAUGGACUGCAGCAUGCCAGUCUUCCCUGUCCAUCACCAACUCCUGGAAUCUGCUCAAACUCAUGUCCAUCGAGUCGGUGAUGCCAUCCAACCAUCUCAUCCUCUGUUGUCCCCUUCUCCUCUCACCUUCAAUCUUUCCUAGCAUCAGGGUCUUUGCAAAUGAGUCAGUUCUUCACAUCAGGUGGCCAAAGUAUUGGCGUUUCAGCAUCAGUCCUUCCAAUGAAUAUUCAGGACUGAUUUCCUUUAGGAUGAACUGGAUGGAUCUCCUUGCAGUCCAAGGGACUCUCAAGAGUCUUCUCCAACACCACAGUUCAAAAGCAUCAAUUCUUCAGUGCUCAUCUUUCUUUACAGUCCAACUCUCACAUCCAUAUUUGACUACGGAAAAACCAUAG